AUGGCCGCACUCCUCUGCAGCCUCUCUGGCGUCGAGGCAGGCCACGGACGACGAAUCCAGGAGCCCUGCACCUACAAGCACGAUUGCUACAUGUUGGCUGAAGGAGGCGGGCCCGAAGGCUACGGACACAAGGUCACCUGCGCCAUCCCGCUCGAUGCACAGGGCAAGGAAUGCAAGCGAAAGGGAGACUUCCAGGGGUUGUGCAAGUACGACGGCGAGCUCGAUGUCAACGAGGCCGGCUGCGAGUGCGGUAUCAAGAACUCUGUCCUUUGCACCGAGUCGAGCCCUUUUGAUCGCCUCAACGACCUCACGGCCUACUACAGUAACUGA